CCACCCUCCCCACAACAGCCCUUCCCUCCGCCUGUGUCCCGGGCUCCACCGGUGCAGCGAACCCCGGUCAACACUCGGAGCAGCGUCCGCUAGUAUUCCGCCACCGCUUCUGCCAAGAGACUGCUCACUGGCUGCAAUCUCAACACAGGGACCAUGACCACUUCUCAGCCGUCCACACUGGGGGAGCUGCAACUGUACCGGGUCCUGCAGCGGGCGAAUCUUCUUCUGUACUAUGAUGCCUUCAUCCAGCAGGGAGGGGAUGACGUUCAGCAGCUGUGUGACGCGGCGGAGGAGGAAUUUCUGGAGAUCAUGGCCUUGGUGGGCAUGUCCAGCAAGCCACUGCACGUCCGACGCCUACAGAAGGCCUUGCAGGAGUGGAUCACAAACCCCUCGGCCUUCAACCAGCCCCUCACCAAGCUGCCGGCGAGCAGCAUUCCCAUUGCCAAGAUGUCAGACCUGAACUCGGCCAGCUCCAACUCUGCUGGCACCCAACAGGAGCACCCAUCAAGACUGACACAGAACCUGGCCGGCCCGCCGGAGAUAGGCAACAACCAUGCAUCGCCGCGGCGGACCGAGACCUCGUCACAGACGGAGCCGGUGGCCUCAGUUCAGCAUCUGCCCACCAUCUCCAACGUCAUCACAGUGGCCAAAGAGGAACCUCAUUCUCCACCCAAGGAUGGCCCGUCUCUGCCCCUCACCCAGGACGUCAUCCAGAUCAUCGCCGCCUGUGCCGAGCGUCUCAUCCAGACCGUGCCCAGGAUGGAGCCCAAGGAGCUGGAGUGCAUCUUCAUCAGCAACAAGAAAAUGGCCAAGACCCUCGGCCACAUUUUCGAGAUGAGUGACCAGGAGCCCCAGAAGGAAGAGGAGAUCCGCAAGUUCAGCGCCAUCUACGGGAGGUUCGACUCCAAACGGAAAGAUGGGAAGAAUCUCACGUUGCAUGAGGUAAUGGUUAACGAAGCGGCUGCACAGCUCUGCAUGAUCGACAGCACUCUCCUGGCCAGGCGCGACGAGCUCUUCCCACUAGCCCGACAAGUAGUCCGAGACUCCGGGUACAAAUACAGUCACAGGUAUUCCAGAUCCAAGUUUAUAGAUACGCCGAUUCCUAAAAGGCCACGGCUGGAUCCCAAUGGUCAAUAUCUGCGGGACGAAGUGCACACACGGACGGUGCAGGCAGAGCUGAUGAAACUGAAGAGACAGGAGCGGCUGCUGGAGAUUCAGGCCAUACUGACCAGCAUCUACCAGAAACAGGAAGCCCUCAAGUCCAAGAUUAUGCACGAGGAGCUGAGUCACAACGUGUCUGAGGUGCACGAACUGCAGCUGGAACUAGAGAAGGUCACCACAGAGCAGCUGUCACUAAUGCAGGAGCAGAACGACCUCAUCAAGAAGCAGAAGCGGUCGGACAAGUAUUUCUCGGCAAAGGCGCGCAGCCUGUCCCUGCUGGGGAUGCAGCAGGUGGAGGAGGAAGAUGGCGGAAUGUCUGAAGGGAGCGGUGAUGAUGUGUCCGAGGAUAUGACUUCAAACUCUAGUCUAGCACCAUCUCCCUGCCCCUCGGACAUCCCCAGCACCUUCAGGCCCUGCCAGAGCAAAACCAAGCAGAUGAUCCAGCUGGCGCUGAUUGAUGAGGGGCUGAGGGUGGCUCAGCAGCACGCCUCGCCAAGUACAGAGGAGGUGGAGAGGGUCAGCCCCAGGAUCAAGCAGGAGACCUUCUCCGAGGAUGAAGAUAAUUACAAAGAGGAAUCUGACAUCACAUCAAACCGCAUCUCAUGAACCUUUCAACAGUAACUAGUCAUUUUUAAAAACAUAAUGACUUAGGUUUCUUUUUUAAAUUCAUUCAGGUACAAAAGUAUUUAUUCUUUUUUUUUCUAAAUAAAAAGAGUCAUUUUUUUUUUAACUUGCAUAACUUUGAGGAGCUUGGAGUAUUUCAAAGCUAUUUCUGUACUGACGUUUGCUAAACCAGCAUCCAAACAGUUAGUGACAUUUUGUUCUAUUUUUACACAAAACUUCAGGAAUUAAUGUUUUGCGCUUUUUGUUUUUUUUCUCUCUGUACCUGUAUGUCAUACUGUGAUUGUCCGGUUUCAAACAGCAAUAACACAAUAAAUAUUUACUGCUUUGUGAC